AGUACGACACGAGACAGAGUCCAGCACAUGCUUUCAACUGGCUAUUUCAUGCAGCAGCCCAGUAUCGAAACGCUAUCCUACGAGGAGGACCUUCGAAAAUAUUCUUGUGUGAAAAUAAUAAAAUAAUGUGCAGAGAAUGAAAGUGAAUUAUAAAUUAAAUUUGUAAUAAACUGUAUAUUGUUGUUUAUUAAACAAAUGUGACAGUGAAAUUUUGAUGAAUUUUAGAUCGAAAAUAUAAGAUCUCUGUUUGUUUGGAACAUCCCAACAUAUCCUAGUAGGACGUAUGAGAGAUUUAGAGGGUGUUUCAAAGACAACAACCUUAAGAGGUAGAAAAGCGUCAAGAUGCGUCGUUCUUGCACAUCUUGCGCUUUGGGCACUUCGGGCCUCAUAGUAGCAAUUUUAGGUAUCAUAAUUGCGGCGAUUUGGCCAUCAGUGUUUCAAGCAAUCUUACAAAAGCAAUUAAGUCUGAGUCCUGAGUCAGAAAGUUAUAAACCAUGGAAAUCACCAUCAGUGACAUUAAAUCUGGACAUUUAUCUGUACAACUGGACAAAUCCUGAAGAUUUAUUGAACACGUCAACAAAACCAAUUUUGCAACAACUGGGCCCUUACAGAUUUAGGGAAGUACCAGAUAAAGAAAAUAUUACAUGGCAUCCUGAAAAUAACACUGUCAGCUUUAGAAAAAAGGCCGACUUCUAUUUUGACCCUGAAGGAAGCGUUGGAUCCUUGGAUGAUGAAAUUAAUACGGUUAAUGUUGUAGCAUUGGCAGCUGGUCACCAAGCACACAACUGGCCAAGUUUACGUAAAUCUGCAGUUAAUAUGGGAAUGUCUUUAUACAAUCAGGAAAGACAUGUCACAAAACGAGUUGAAGAAUUAUUAUUUUUAGGAUACGAAGAUUCUUUAAUCGAUAUGGCUAGAUCGAUGCCUUCGUUAACUGGCGGUGGAGCUGUCCCUUUUGAUAAAUUCGGAUGGUUUUACACGCGAAACGGAUCGUCUCAUCUAACCGGGCAUUUCAACAUGGCAACAGGAGCUGAUGACAUAAGUAAAUUUGGCAGAGUAGAACAAUGGAAUUAUGCUGAAGAAUUGCCUUUCUUCGAAAAGGAAUGCGCUGGUGUCAACGGUUCAGCAGGAACAUUUUAUCCACCCAAUCGUAAUAGAGAAGAUCCCGUGUGGUUGUUUUCUCCAGAUAUGUGCAGGAAGCUUCGAUUUGAUUAUGAGAAAGAUGUCGAAGUCAAGGGUGUACUUGGUUAUAAAUAUACUGGUGGCGCCAGGACAGUCGAUAAUGGUACUUUAUACCCGGAAAAUAAAUGCUUCUGUAACGGUGAAUGUGUGCCUUCCGGCGUGAUGAAUAUUUCAGCAUGUCGGUAUGGAACACCAGUUUUCAUGUCAUUCCCGCAUUUUUACGGUGCCGAUCCCUAUUACCUAGAUGCAGUUGAAGGAUUGAAUCCAUCACAAGACAAGCACGGUUUCCACAUUGUCUUAGAACCGACUACUGGAAUACCGCUUGAUGUAGCAGCAAGAUUCCAAGUGAAUAUUUUGAUGUCGCCGCAUCCUGGAAUCAGCUUAUACAGCAAAGUUCCUCGAGUUUUCAUGCCCGUUUUAUGGUUUGAACAUCGUGUGACCGUUCCGGACGCGACAGCUUCCAACAUCGCGGGAGCAGCAAUGGCCCCAUGGGCUGGUCGACUCUGCGGAUAUAUCCUUCUGGGUCUGGGACUGAGUCUUAUGACCAUCAUGAUUAUUAGAGAAGUUUUAGCCCGCAAAAACAGAGAAGAUAAAACUAAAACUGGUAGCUACGCCGUAAAUACCUCGAGAUUCGCACAAGGAUCGUUAGAAAUGGUUCCUCCAGGAGAGAAGGAUUCAGCUUUGCCAUUGAUGAAUGGACAGAAACAUUAGAAAAGAACACGAUUGUUGUGUUGUAUUACAUUGUCCAUGUGAACAAAAAAGACUUUAUGGAAUUUAUAUUAAUCAUUCCUUAAUUAUAAUUAUUAGAUAUUACAUACAUUUAAAUAAAGUGCCUUGAUUUAAAAUAUAUUGUCAAUUAUGACCGUCACACAUUUUCUUGCCUUUCGUAACUGGUGAUUUAACAUCAAUAAUAUAACAGCUUCGCAUGAACAAGAGCAUUUUAGUGAUAUUCCGCUGUAUUUGAAUUAAUUAAUUUUAUAUAAUUAGAUCUCUAGAUUAAAUAAGAUAGAUUUACAUCGAGAGAACGUUUUUCACACUUUCCGAUACGUUGAACAUAAAAAAUACUUAAAUUUAUAUCAAUUAUACUAUAUGACUGAAAUUAAUUUGAAUAUGAGUAAAAUGUGAAAAAUGAAUAAAAAACACUCUCAUUAUAUGUUACUACCAAAGCAAUUCUAUAUAAGAUAAAUUCUAUAUAAGAGAUAUAUAUGUUAGUAAAAUUAAUGAUAGCAUUUUAAAUAAUGUUCCUAUAUGUAAAAAUAAAACCUAAAUGUAAUGCUGUAUCGUCAAACAUGCUUGCCUCUUCAGUAUCAACAAUGUGUUAAGAAUAUUUGUUACAUAUCAAAUUGUUGUUACUUAUAAGAAAUUAUAUAGUAUUUCACCAUUAUUGUAUAUAAAUAUAGCAUUUAUGAAAAACAUUAAUAAAUAAUUACUACCACGU